AUGUCGGAUGUUGAUAGCUGUUCCGCGUAUUUCUCCAAGAAUCAGACUGUUCAAGCGUCCCUUACUAAGAAGUUGUGUAUCAUGGCCACACAAGGACAACAGUAUCACGUGAAAGGCGGUAGCAAGCACGGGGUGGAAGACCAGGAGACUGCAAAGCCAAGUGCUGAUAUAGCAGAUGCUAUCUUCAAGCAUUUAGGUGUCUCAAAACGGAUGCCGGCUUCUACAAUACUAUACAAAGGCAACCAGUUUGUCACCGGUAAUGAAAUUUCGAGGGACCAUCUUGCUAGAGUGUUGAAGAGGUUUACAGUGUUAUAG